GCCUGGUUCCAAUCCUUACAUGGCUCUCCCACGCUGUUGGUGCAACAGCCGAAGUGCUCUCAUAUUCAAAGCCGGAACUAUCGCAAAUUACCAAAGUGAAAAAAAUUUACCGCGGUACACAUGCCAUGACCUUGUCGUGGCCGGUUCAGAUUUAAAAUCGUGCCAGUGCCCCUGAGUGGGGUGGUCGGUCGUGCCACGCGGCUUCGAAAUUGCUGGAAUGGCGUAUCUUGAUUAUUUUUGUUUGCCAGAAAGUAUAUAAUUUGAGCCGACCUUUCACAGAGACAUCACAUCAUCUCGGACGGUGCAGUAGUUCCCAUAAGACAGUUGUUUGUUGGGCGGUCUAGUUGUUACAACUACUGCACCCGCAAACGUUUGGUUCUUUGGUGCAGAUACAGUUAAAGGAUAAAGUGUGUGGUUAUCGCAGGGCGUAUUUCGCUGAUCUUCACAUGCGAGGCUCCUAGAAUAGAAUAAAAGGUUUUACAAUAAACUUUUGUACGUAUAAUAAAUUUAGAUGUCGCAAAGCAGGUCGAUAUCCACAAUUACCAUCAGUAUAUUAUAGAUUUUGGCUUUUAUCCACGAUCUCGUGCUGCGGAAAAAGUAGGCUACACAACAGAUUUUUUUACUGCCGUAACAUGAACGAAAGCCAUGAGGAAAACGACACAAUAACGGCUCGUAAUGGAACCGGACUAAUCUUCUCCAAUUUCCAAGCUCAUCAAUUCUGGAUUGCGUUUGUUGUUAUAGAAAGCGCGAUGCUGUUCGUCACAGCUUAUGUUCUCGUAAUGCUGCUGUACGGCAUAAUUACUAACGGUUCUAUAUGUAAAAGUUUGAGGAGAAGAGCUUCAACUUCAAGAUCAACGCUCCGCAGUUCUCUAGUGGUUGCAGUGACGAUUUACUCUGCUGUAACAUUAUGCAAAUUUAUAUUAGCAGAAAUCGUGGCCUUUACCGAAGCGUUGUUGGAAAACUGCUCCAUUUACGCGAAGGCGAAUCGAGUUAUUCAUAUAUCAGGUUUUACUUCACUUGGAGUUUUCUUGUGGUUACGACAGAGAGUUCUUUAUAACAUGCCGCAACUUAAGCAUCUUGCAACAACCUGUAUUACAUGGUGGAGCAAUAUUACUUUGUUUGUUGUCGGUCUUGCUGCAGUGAGUGGAGUCGUGUUGGUCAUUAAUCCCUUUAAGACCACUACAGGGUACUGGUUGAACAAUGGUCGUUGCUUCCGUGCUCCUGAAGGUCUUUCAGCAUCCGCAUCUAUUGGUGUCAUGUCAUGUAUUGUCGUUCAAGGUUCGCUUCUUGCCCUCUUUAUAAGAAUCGUCGGCAAAAAGCGAUUUCGAAAACAUCGGGUUCGAAAUCCCAAAAUGCAGAAGAGAACAAAUAAGACUCAAGCAUUGGUAAAGCGGUGUUGUGCCUUGACAGGUAUUUGUAUUUUCACGGACCUCUCGUCACUCAUUGCCAUCACUUUUUUGAAAGGACACGUCUCCGAACUGGUUACGGUGCUAAUUUUGGACGUUGACCAAUUCAUGAACCUGUGGUUCGCAAUUCUCUGCUUUGCUCAAUGGAAAGACCUCGUGUUCCCAUGGAGACUGCUGGUUUGUUCGGGUUCGGCGGCAAAAGCAAAACGACGAGAGAGCUCCAGCGGCACUAGCGCCGCACCUACAGCCGUAACAGCUAGUGUAUACACCAACCAUUUUGCGCUGAACACCGUAAAGCGUCAGAGCGUCGUGUCAUGCGUCGAGGUGCAACGUCACUUGCCAAUUAAGGGGUCGCAGAACAUCUAAGUUCUAUAGAAGCUAUUCUGUACAUAGAGAAUUGUAGAACGUGUUUAGACAUGGCCGUAACCUGCAAUAAGUGGUAGCCUAUAGUAAAGUUUACAACGUUAUCUAUAAAAUUUCGCCACUACUUCAUGGUCUACACAUCGCAAGU